AUGCAACUCGAAUUAGGGAGAGAGCAAAAUGGGGAGGAGAACGGAAGUAUCCACAAGAAGCAGAAGGUGGAAGCGAAGUAUGUGAAGGAUGAGAGAUUGGAGAAGAAAGAUGAAGUAAACGGAUCGGGUCUGGUCAAGUUAGGUCGAAAGAAGUUCGUUUUCUCUGUGGAGAUGUUCGAUGACUUCAACAAACUGUUGCGUUUUUGGCGGAAUAAUCUCGAUCUCAGCAAGAUAAAGAGAUAUGGUCAUAUGUGUUUUGUGGUUUUUAAGAUUCUAAAGUUUGUACGAUUACCUUAUAACUACUGUGUGAAAAUCACUUCCACUUGUACAGUCAAAAAGGUGCCAUCCUUUAAGCCCUUUAGUUAA